AUGGGUGUGCUGGGGUCCCUGCAUGGAUGGGGGCUUCUGGACUACAAGACAGAGAAAUAUGUCCUCACCAGGAACCGGAGGGUGGGUGCCCUCCAGAGGGUCCUACAGCUUGGCAUCCUGGGAUAUGUCAUUGGGUGGUCCCUUCUCUUUCAGAAAGGUUACCAGGAGACAGAGGCUGAUCCCCAGGUUUCAGUGAUCACCAAACUCAAGGGCGUCUCAGUCGCCCAGAUUGAGGUACUAGGAAACCGACUGUGGGAUGUGGCCGAUUACACGAAGCCCCCCCAGGGAGAAAACAUUUUUUUCCUGGUAACUAAUUUCCUUACCACGCCAGAGCAAGUGCAGGGGAUGUGCCCAGAGCACCCCUCGGUUCCCCUGGCCCCCUGUUUGGCUGACACCGACUGUCCUGCUGGAGAGAUGCUGAGACACGGCCACGGAAUCAAAACUGGGAAGUGCGUGGUGUUUAACUCGACCUACCAGACCUGCGAGAUCUGGGGCUGGUGCCCCGUGGAGAGCGGCAGCCCGCCCAGGAAGCCCCAGCUGCUGGAGUCGGAAAACUUCACCCUCUUCAUCAAGAACUCCAUCACUUUCCCCAAGUUCAACUUUUUCAAGACCAACACUUUGGAGACACGGGAUAACACCUACUUCAAGGGCUGCAGGUAUGAUGCCCUCUCCAGCCCUUUCUGUCCAGUCUUCCGGGUGGGGGAUGUGGUGGAGGCAGCUGGAGGGGACUUUGAGGACCUGGCCCUCUUGGGGGGAGUUGUGAGGGUUCAGAUCAGCUGGGACUGUGACUUGGAUCGCUCUGUCUCAGAAUGUCAGCCCCGCUAUUCAUUCUGGCUGCAGGAGAAAGGCUACAACUUCAGGACAGCCUCGCACUGGUGGAAGCUGCCUGGCACGGAAGCCCGAAGACUGUUCAAACUCUUUGGGAUCCGAUUUGAGAUCCUCGUGGCUGGGCAGGCUGGGAAGUUCAGUGUCAUCUCUACAGGGAUCACUCUGGGCACGGGAAUGGCCCUGCUGGGGGGGGUCACCUUCCUCUGUGACCUGCUCUUGCUGUAUGUGGAUGGAGAUGCCCCUUUCUACUGGGGGAAGAAGUAUGAGGAGGCCAAGGCCCCCAAGACCAAAGGGGAGCUGGAGCCAGCCUCCGCACCGGGAGAGCACGAGGCACCUGGGGGCCCUGAGAACCAGUGGGUGCCGGCCACGGAUUCCGAUCUCAGCCUUGGGAAGGGGGACCUGGGUGCUGGCAUGGCCUAGCCUGGGGCUGCCCAAAG